CAAACACAAAAAGAAAAAGAUAAUGUCCGAAACAACAUGUGCACACCUUGACUAUAAAAGUAGAUACCUACUAUCUCCCACCAACACAAGUACCAGAGUACCGGACAAAGUACCUAUGUUGUAUCAAUUUAUCAAAUAAAUUAUCAGAUGUAAAGAUCAUCACCAUUAUCAUGACAUGAUUGAUUUGGACUCUGCACUACUUGUUUUCAAUUAAAAAUAAACCACAAUUGUCCUGUUUACCAACACUCUUCCUGUACGACAUGUUGGUCGAGUUAAAGUAUAGUUUGGUAUAUCUAUAUGUGGUAUAUACCACAAUCACUGGAAAGUAUAGUUUGGCAUAUCUAGAUGUGGAUUAUACCAUAAUUACUGAAAAGUAUAGUUUGGUAUCUCUAGAUAUGGCAUAUUUGUAUUAUAAGAUACCAUAGUGGAGCUGAGAUACUUUUCCAGAAACCAACAAAGUUAACAACACAAGAAGAUUAUAUAAAAUACUUCUACUUCCUAAGCUCAUUACCUUUGCACCUUCAAUCAUGAACUUUAUAGUAACUAUUUUCCUAUUUCUACUCCCAGUAUUCCUCCUCCUUGUUCGGAGGAGGAGAUCAUUGAAGAGGGUUCCACCAGGAUCCCUUGGAUUUCCGAUCAUCGGUCAAAGUUUUGGGAUGCUAAGGGCAAUGAAAGCCAACACAGCAGAGAAAUGGCUUGAAGAAAGAGUACAGAGAUAUGGUCCUAUCUCAAAGCUAAGCCUAUUUGGCAAGCCCACUGUAUUCAUUUAUGGACAGGCUGCUAACAAGUUUGUAUUUACCAGUGAUUGCUCUGUCCUCACUAAUCAGCAGCCACAGUCAGUCAAGAUGAUUCUGGGCAAUCGUUGCCUUUUGGAACUCAAUGGUGAAGAUCAUAAACGGGUUAGAGAUGCCCUGGUAUCGUUCUUGAAGCCAGAUUGUCUUAAGCGUUAUGUUGGAAAGAUGGAAGAAGAAGUCAGAAUCCACGUCGAGACUUACUGGGAAGACAAGCAAAUAAUUAAGGUAUUACCUUUGAUGAAGACACUCACCUUCAACAUUAUUUGCUCUCUCCUUUUCGGGCUUGAACGUGGAGCUCAAAGAGACCAAAUGAUUCAUUAUUUCCAGCAGAUGAUAGAAGGAAUUUGGUCAAUCCCUAUAAACUUGCCUUUUACGCGCUUCAAUUGCAGCCUCAAGGCAAGCAAAGAUGUCCAGAAAAUGCUGAAACAACUUGUUUCUGAGAAACGCCAUGAGUUUGACAACAACUUAGCUUCAUCCCAUCAGGAUCUCAUCACCUGUUUGCUCAGCAUCCGUGGAGAGAACAACCAAGAAGUCAUAUCUGAAACUGAGAUCAUUCACAAUGUCAUGCUCAUAAUGGUUGCUGGAUAUGACACUUCAUCUGUCUUGAUAACUUUCAUCGUAAGACUUUUAGCAAAGAAUCCAAACAUCUAUGCAGCUGUCCUUAAAGAACAAGAAGAGAUAGCAGAGACCAAGUCACCUGGAGAGUCCCUAACUUGGGAAGACCUUGGCAAGAUGAAAUACACAUGGAGAGUGGCAAUGGAGACAAUGAGAAUGUUCCCUCCCAUUUUCGGAAACUUCAGGCAGACUGUAAAAGACAUUGAGUAUGGUGGCUACCUCAUUCCGAAAGGAUGGCAAAUAUUCUGGGUAACGACUAAGACACAUAUGGAUAGCAGCAUUUUCCAAGAACCAGAGAAAUUUGAUCCAGCACGUUUUGAGAAGUCAGCAUCUUUGCCUCCUUACAACUUUGUUCCAUUCGGAGGGGGAACCCGUAUAUGUCCUGGAUACGAGUUUGCGAAGAUUGAAACCUUGGUCACAAUCCAUUACCUAGUAACACAUUUCACAUGGAAGCUAUGCUGUACAGAUGAUUUCUUCAGCAGGGACCCAAUGCCUGUACCAACUCAAGGACUUCCCAUCCAAAUAGUUCCCAGGAAACCUCUAUAAUUCAAUGAAUUCAAUCAUACAAUCACACAUUCUUCUUCAACAGGAAGCGAGUUUUGUCAACCUCAAGACUCCAUAUUAUGAUACAUUGCUGUUAAAAGUACACUAAAACUAGACUGGGUUUGACAUCAAAUUUGAAUCUCCUAAGGGGAAUACUCCAUAUUUUAUGAUGUAUUCAUGUCAAAAGAUGUACACUUUUAAGGCCUGACAAUCCAGCCACGAUUGUUGAAACUUUA